UACUACAGUCAACUCGGAUAUAGCAUGAAUGACCAUAUAAAAGUUCACAAGUCACAAUCCCAAUUCUCUGUCAUUCCCCCAGACUCAUUUUCUGGUAAUUUCCUAUGCUCUUUCCUCUCCGUCUCAUCCUAGUUCUAAAGCCUGUCCAGUUUCCAGUCAGGGAACAAAGACAAUUUUGCCAGCUUUAUUCUACUUUUCUUCAACAACUCGGCUUUUCCAGCUAUAUCUCCCUUUAGCCAACCGUUUAGUACGAUUUCAAGCACCCCUAAGAAUUCUAUAUAAAGGAUCUUCAAGAGCAAGUUCUAGCAUCAUACAAAUUUCCAAAGCUCUGUCUUUGUUCAGGAAACGGAAGAUGUUGUCCUCUUCUAAGCUUUUGUUUAUAAUUCUGCUAUCUGUGUUUGUAUUUACUCUAAUAACAGCCUCAAAAGGAAACUUCUUUGAAAACUUCGACAUUACAUGGGGCGGCAACCAACGUGCUAAGAUACUCAAUGGAGGCCAAAUUCUGACCCUUUCUUUGGACAAAGCUUCAGGCUCUGGCUUCCGAUCCAAGCAUGAAUACCUCUAUGGAAGAAUUGAGAUGCAAAUAAAGCUAGUUCCUGGCAACUCAGCUGGCACUGUCACUACAUAUUAUUUGUCAUCUGAAGGGCCAAACCAUGAUGAGAUUGACUUUGAAUUUUUGGGCAACUUGUCUGGAGAUCCUUACAUACUCCAUACCAAUGUCUAUAGCCAGGGAAAGGGUAACAAAGAACAACAAUUUUAUCUCUGGUUUGAUCCCACGACAGCUUUCCACACCUACUCUAUUGUCUGGAAUAGUCAUUGCAUCAUAUUCAUGGUUGAUAACAUUCCUAUCAGAGUAUUCAACAACAUGGAAUCUAUUGGUGUUCCAUUCCCCAGAAACCAGCCCAUGAGGAUUUACUCGAGUCUCUGGAAUGCUGAUGACUGGGCAACAAGAGGCGGCCUUGUAAAGACCGACUGGACAUACGCUCCUUUCACUGCUUCUUACAGAAAUUUCAACGCCAAUGCUUGCAUUUGGUCAUCAUCUCAGUCAUCUUGUGACUCCAAAUCAACGGAUGCUCUGCAGACAAAUGUUUGGCAAGAUCAAACACUUGAUGCUCCUGGAAGGAAAAGACUAAGAUGGGUGCAAAAGAGGUACAUGAUUUACAAUUACUGCAGAGACUUCAAACGAUUCCCUCAAGGGCUCCCACCCGAAUGCAACCGAUCAAGAUUCCUCUAGAGAAAGUGCCCAACCAAGUUUUUAAUGACUACUUCAAUGUAAUAUAUAUGUUAGUCCGAGAAAUUCCUUAUUCUUUAUGAUACAUAAACAUCUUUCUCUUUGCCUUAUUUUUCUUCACUACUUUUAGUUUUCUAAUUGUGUGCAAUUUAUCGAAAAGGUUUAUAUUUUACUUUUCUGGACUAAAUUUUAGAAGCCAAUCCAAAAUUUUGAAGAGAUUUAAACAUAAAUAUUAGAUCGGUUAAAUAAGUUUGAUUAAAUUAAAUGAGACCCGAUAAAAAAUUGGUUCA